AUGUUGGCGGACGGUGAAGUGGUUGGAGAUGGUUCAUGGAACCUCACGAUCUAUGUGACAGACCUGAACGAGAAACGGACUAUGGUCGUAAAAGGGGACAUGCACAUCGGAGGGGUUAUGCUAAAAUUGACGGAAAGCUUCGGUAUUUUGAAUAAAGAGGCUACUAGUAAUAAUAAUAUAAAAGUUAUAAUGUGUGGAGACUUGAUAACUAAAUGA